AAUACAAAUCAGUCGUCAAUCAAUCAGCAAUCUCUUGCCCACUGCUAGCAAGCUCCAACAGGAAGAGAUAGAUAUCAUCAUGGCCGCCGCCGCAAGAGCAGCGGCGCUCCUGCUGCUCCUGAUGACAAUAGCAACGACGAUGAUGCCGCCGCCGGCGGAGGCCCACCUGGAGAUGGGCGCGUACAACAAGACUUGCCCGCAGGCGGAGGACAUCGUGCUCAAGGAGAUGACGGCCAUCCUCGGCAAGUCGCCCGACCUCGCCGGCCCCGUGCUCCGCCUCUUCUCCGUGGACUGCUUGGUGGGCGGCUGCGAGGGCUCCAUCCUGCUCGACUCCACGCCCGGCAACACCGCCGAGAAGGACUCGCCGCUGAACCAGGGCGUCGGAGGGUACCAGGUGGUCGACGCCGUCAAGGCCAAGCUCGAAGCCGCCUGCCCCGGCGUCGUCUCCUGCGCCGACACGCUCGCCCUCGCCGCGCGUGACUCCGUCAGGCUGACGAAAGGGCCCUUCAUCCCGCUCCCGACUGGCCGGAGGGACGGCAACAGGUCGGUGGCCGCCGACGUGGCACCCAACUCGCCGCCCCCAGGCGCUACCAUCGCCGACAUCAUCGCCCUGUUUGCCACCAAGUUCAACCUCACCGCCAAGGACCUCGCCGUCCUCUCCGGCGCGCACACGAUCGGGCGGGCUCGGUGCUCGACGGUGUCGCCGCGGCUGUACAACUUCGGCGGCCGGAGCGGCGCCUCCGACCCCACGCUUGACGCCAACUACACGGCCACCCUGCGCGGCCAGUGCAAACCCGGCGACAACGCCACCCUCGUCUACCUGGACCCUCCCUCGCCGGCCACCUUCGACGCCGACUACUACGCCCUCGUCGCCGGCAACAGGGGUCUCCUCUCCACCGACGCCGCGCUGCUCCUCCACCCCGCCACCAGCGCCUACGUCGCCGUCCAGGCCAACGCCACCUCCUCCGACCAGUUCUUCGCCGACUUCGCCGCCUCCUUCGUCGCCAUGAGCAGGCUCGGCGUGGUCACGCACCACAAGGGCGAGAUCAGGCAGGUCUGCUCCAAGGUCAACCCGCCGGCGGCACCGGCGACCACCAGCGCCAGCGCCGCCGCUGCCAGGGGCUACUACCAGCUGACCACAACCGCCGGGUUGGCUCUCAUCACUACGCUGGCCGUGGCUCAUCAUCUGCUCAUGUGAUGAUUAUAUGCCUACCGAGUAUCUCUGACAGACAGUAGUACUCUGCCAUGUAGCAGAGUGGUGAUGCGUGUGUGAAUCGAACUGCUGUCUGCUGUUCAUAUGAUUUGUUGUCUCCACUUGGAUUUGCAUGAUUUGACGUGUCGCUCGAUCAGUUUCCAUGAUUUUGCAUGGAAUUUGCUUUGCAAGUUUUCUGAUUGUGAAUUUGGGCAAGUCCCAUUGUAAUGCGUGAAUAUAAUAAAUGAUCCCCAGGGCCUGAUUGUCUUGUCGUUACAA